CCUCCGCCGUCAAGCGAGGGGCGGGGGCGCAUGCGCAGUGCAGAGCCCGCCCGGCGGAGCCCCCCCAGGAUGGCAGAGCAGAAGCGUUUGGCUUAUUCCAUCAUCCAGUUCCUGCACCACCAGCUGCAGGACGGGGGCCUCUCUGCAGAUGCUCAGGAGAGCCUGGAAGUGGCCAUCCAGUGCCUGGAAACAGCUUUUGGGGUCUCCCUGGAAGACCAGGGCCUGGCUGUGUCCCAGACCCUGCCAGAAAUCUUUGAAGCUGCUGUAGGAAAGGAGCCUGAGCAGAGCAGGACAAACUCAGAGCCUGUCAGCCCCUCAGAAGAUGAUGUAGCUGAGGCUGAAAGGCUGAAGACUGAAGGAAAUGAACAAAUGAAGGCAGAAAACUUUGAAGCUGCUGUGUCCUUCUAUGGAAAAGCAAUUGAUUUAAAUCCAUCCAAUGCUGUCUACUUUUGCAACAGAGCUGCUGCCUACAGUAAACUAGGGAAUUAUGCUGGGGCAGUCAGAGACUGUGAAAGAGCCAUUGGCAUUGACCCAAACUACAGCAAAGCUUAUGGCAGGAUGGGCUUGGCCCUCUCCAGUUUAAACAAACACACAGAAGCUGUUGUUUACUACAAAAAAGCUCUGGAGUUGGAUCCAGACAACGAAACCUACAAAUCCAACCUGAAAAUUGCUGAGCAGAAAAUGGAGACUCCCAGCCCAACGGGCGGCCCCGGAGGCUUCGAUUUAGCAGGCUUGCUGAACAACCCUGGCUUCAUGAGCAUGGCCUCUAACCUAAUGAACAACCCCCAAGUACAGCAGCUGAUGUCAGGGAUGAUUUCUGGGGGUCACAAUGCCAUGGGGGCCACGGGCACCACCCCCUCCACCAACGACCUCGCCAGCCUCAUACAGGCGGGCCAGCAGUUUGCUCAGCAGAUGCAGCAGCAGAACCCAGAACUCAUAGAGCAGCUCCGGAGCCAGAUCAGGAGUCGAACUCCAAGUGCCAGUAAUGAGGAUCAGCAGGAAUGAGCCCUCCAGUGCAGUCCCUGGGACCCCUGUUCUUUGCUUUACAAACUGGAAGCCAUGUGCGUGUUGCCAUUUCUUGAGUUUUGGAAGUGUCCAAGAGAUGGGGGGGGAGGGAGGGGAAAAAAAAGAAUGGAAAACCCAACCACUUUCUCUGCCCUGCAUGUUGAAGACAGAUUCACACUUCCCUUCAUCCCUCAACCUCCCCAUUAGUCUUUUUAUUUUAUUUUAUUUUAUUUUUUCCUCUCUCUCUCUCUUCUGGAAGAUCCAGCCAGCUGAACACCAGCCAGCUGAACACCCUCAGUCUUUCUAAAGAGACUCAGACAAUUUAACCACUCUCUUACAUUUCUAUCAUCUUGGCUACUUGGGGGAUUUUUUAACCCCUUUUUUUGGGAGAAGGAAAUGCUCCUCACUCCAGGACCUCUGCUCUCCAUCCCCCCAGCCACUUCAGAGGAGUGUUGGUGCCCUGCCUGACCCCUGUUUCAUCUCCCUCCCCGUGGGGCUUUGCUCACUCUGGAGCUCCCAGGACCUUUUUGCCUCCCCAGAAGGGGAUUUUUCAUGGUUUUAUCCCAGCCAGGAGGUUGGUGUUGGGGUGCAGGGGGGUGUUUGCCCAGGCAGAGUAUUCCCAGGGCUGCUGCUGCUGCUCCUUGGGCUUCCAUCCCUCCUGGCAGAACUCGAUCCCUUGUGCAGUAAUAAUCAUGGCUCUGUGGUGGGAGUGAUCCAAGCUGUGAAGUAAUCAGGUUGGGACAGCAAGAUCUGGGGGGGUUCAAAAAGGAUUUUGGGGGGUUGUUUGUUUGUUGGUUUAUUUUAUUAUUUUUUUUUAAUGUCUUUUAUGCAUGUAAGUAACCAACCUGGUUGGCUGUGGAAUGGGGGGAGCAGAGGGGAUCAAACCCUGCUCUGGAUCACCAGGGAUCCCAGCAGGAUUCCCUCCCUGGGGAGGAAAAGCUCCAUCCACCUGCAGCCCCCUCCUCUCUGCUUUCCCAGCUGAUCCCCCCGGGAGGUUUGAGCUGAGAAAAGGGAUUUUUAGCUCCCUCUCUGAGUUGUUUUUAACGUGGUGGUUUGGGGGGGUUCUGUUUGCACCCCAAUGGCAGCUGCUGAGGGUGGAAGAGACCCUUUGAGGAGAGCUGGGUGUGAGUGAGCAGGUGGGUCUGGAAAUGAAUAU